GCUCGAGCCGCCCGCCGGGCUCGGCUCCGCUCCCGGGCCCGCGCUCCAGCCCGCUCCGCCCGCCGCACCGCCCCCGGCCGCGCUCAGCCCGCAACCAUUUGACUUCCCUCGGCCGGCCUCUCCAGUUCUCCAAGACCGCUGCCUGGGCUCCGCUCUCCUCCUCGCUGUUGGCCACAGCACGGUGGUGGCUCUACUCUUCUCCCGUUUAGCCAUAGUCACCCCGGCUUUGCAGUUGUUUUUUUUUUUCCCUCCUUUUUUUUUUUUUUUUUUUUUAAAUGGAAAACAUCCUCUUGAUUUAAGAUGACUCGUCUUCUUGACUCUCGCCCGUUUCAGCACUGAAGACUGAAAGGGAACCUUCACCACCACUCCAACCCUGGUGGCACUUAAAAUUUUAAAAAAUAAAUAAAUAAAUAAAAAUCGCAAUUCUAAAAGAAAGAACAAGCAAAAAAAGAAAAGUCUUAGGAGGCAAAGGAGCGGGACUCGGGACCCUCUGCAGACCCUUGACUGAGACCACCCAGGACUACACUAGUCAUCAAGAACUCCUAAUUCCUCUCAUCCAACCGAAACGGAGGGCGACUCCGAGCUAGAAGCAAACUUCAGGGCUCUCCGCGGAUCCUUGAUUCCCGCAUUUGGAGGGGUCGAGGGCCAGAAGGCACAGGACCCCCCACGAGGAGGAGGAGGAGGAGUCCCGCGUCUCCCUCGCUUCUCCCACCGAGCCUGAACCUUAGACUGAGCUACGCGGGACAUCGAGGAGGAAAGAGGGUAGCAGAAAAUGCGGGGCUCCGGGCCCCGCGGUGCGGGACGCCGACGGACCCAGGGCAGAGGUGGCGGCGACGACACCCGCCCUGUCCCUGCCUCUCUGGCAGGCUGCUAUUCCGCACCUCUUAAGGGCCCCCUCUGGACGUGUCUUCUCUUGUGUGCGGCGCUCCGGACCCUUCUGGCCAGCCCCAGUAACGAAGUGAAUCUAUUGGAUUCACGCACUGUCAUGGGGGACCUUGGAUGGAUUGCUUUUCCAAAAAAUGGGUGGGAAGAGAUUGGAGAAGUUGAUGAAAACUAUGCGCCUAUCCACACCUACCAAGUAUGCAGAGUCAUGGAACAGAAUCAGAAUAAUUGGCUGUUGACCAGUUGGAUCUCCAAUGAAGGUGCUUCCAGAAUCUUUAUUGAGCUGAAAUUUACGCUAAGGGAUUGCAACAGCCUUCCUGGAGGACUCGGCACUUGUAAGGAGACAUUCAACAUGUAUUAUUUUGAGUCGGAUGAUGAGAACGGGAGAAAUGUUAAAGAGAACCAGUACAUCAAGAUUGAUACCAUUGCUGCUGAUGAGAGCUUCACAGAACUUGAUCUUGGAGACCGUGUCAUGAAGCUGAACACAGAGGUCAGAGAUGUCGGGCCUCUGAGUAAAAAGGGAUUUUAUCUCGCUUUCCAAGACGUCGGUGCUUGCAUUGCUCUGGUUUCUGUGCGUGUAUACUAUAAAAAAUGUCCUUCGGUGGUAAGACACUUGGCUAUCUUCCCUGACACCAUCACUGGAGCUGAUUCUUCACAGCUGUUAGAGGUGUCAGGCUCCUGUGUCAACCAUUCUGUGACAGACGAUCCUCCCAAAAUGCACUGCAGUGCUGAAGGGGAGUGGCUGGUUCCCAUCGGGAAAUGCAUGUGCAAGGCUGGAUAUGAAGAGAAAAAUGGCACCUGUCAAGUGUGCAGACCUGGGUUCUUCAAAGCUUCUCCUCACAGCCAGAGCUGCAGCAAAUGUCCACCUCACAGUUACACCCAUGAGGAAGCUUCCACCUCUUGUGUCUGUGAAAAGGAUUAUUUCAGGAGGGAAUCUGAUCCGCCCACAAUGGCAUGCACAAGACCCCCCUCAGCUCCUCGGAAUGCCAUCUCAAAUGUAAAUGAAACUAGUGUCUUUCUGGAGUGGAUUCCGCCUGCCGACACGGGUGGACGGAAAGAUGUGUCAUAUUAUAUUGCAUGCAAGAAGUGCAACUCCCAUGCAGGUGUGUGUGAGGAGUGUGGAGGUCAUGUCAGGUACCUGCCCCAGCAAAUCGGCCUGAAAAAUACCUCUGUCAUGAUGGUGGACCUACUUGCUCACACAAACUAUACCUUUGAAAUUGAGGCAGUGAAUGGAGUUUCCGACUUGAGCCCAGAGACCCGGCAGUAUGUGUCGGUAAAUGUAACCACAAAUCAAGCAGCUCCCUCACCAGUCACUAAUGUGAAAAGGGGAAAGAUUGGAAAGAACAGUAUCUCUUUGUCUUGGCAAGAGCCAGAUCGCCCCAACGGAAUCAUCCUGGAGUAUGAAAUCAAGUACUUUGAAAAGGACCAGGAGACCAGCUACACAAUUAUCAAGUCUAAAGAGACCACCAUUACUGCAGAAGGCCUGAAGCCCGCGUCUGUGUAUGUCUUCCAAAUUCGAGCACGUACAGCAGCAGGCUACGGCGUCUUCAGUCGAAGAUUUGAGUUUGAAACCACACCAGUGUCAGUUGCAGCAUCCAGUGAUCAAAGCCAGAUUCCCAUCAUUGCAGUGUCGGUGACGGUGGGAGUCAUCUUGUUGGCAGUGAUGAUUGGCUUCCUCCUCAGUGGCAGUUGCUGCGAAUGUGGCUGUGGAAGGGCUUCUUCCCUGUGCGCUGUUGCCCAUCCAAGCCUAAUAUGGCGGUGUGGCUACAGCAAAGCAAAGCAGGAUCCAGAAGAGGAAAAGAUGCACUUUCAUAAUGGGCACAUUAAACUGCCAGGAGUACGAACCUACAUAGAUCCGCACACCUAUGAAGAUCCCAAUCAAGCUGUGCAUGAAUUUGCCAAGGAGAUCGAAGCUUCGUGCAUCACCAUUGAGAGAGUCAUUGGAGCAGGUGAAUUUGGUGAAGUUUGUAGUGGACGCUUGAAACUGCCAGGAAAAAGAGAAUUACCUGUGGCUAUCAAAACUCUUAAAGUCGGCUAUACUGAAAAGCAGCGUAGGGAUUUUCUGGGUGAAGCAAGUAUCAUGGGACAGUUUGAUCACCCGAACAUCAUCCACCUAGAAGGCGUUGUGACCAAAAGUAAACCUGUGAUGAUAGUGACAGAGUAUAUGGAGAAUGGCUCCUUGGACACAUUUUUAAAGAAAAACGAUGGGCAGUUCACUGUGAUUCAGCUUGUUGGCAUGCUGAGAGGCAUCGCUGCAGGAAUGAAGUACCUUUCUGACAUGGGCUACGUGCAUAGAGACCUUGCUGCUAGAAACAUCUUAAUCAACAGUAACCUUGUGUGCAAAGUGUCUGACUUUGGGCUUUCUAGGGUACUGGAAGAUGAUCCUGAGGCAGCCUACACCACAAGGGGAGGCAAAAUUCCAAUCAGAUGGACUGCCCCAGAAGCAAUAGCUUUUCGAAAAUUCACCUCUGCUAGUGAUGUCUGGAGCUACGGAAUUGUAAUGUGGGAAGUUGUGUCUUAUGGAGAGAGACCCUACUGGGAGAUGACCAAUCAGGAUGUGAUCAAAGCUGUGGAAGAAGGCUACCGCUUGCCAAGCCCCAUGGACUGUCCUGCGGCUCUCUAUCAGUUAAUGCUGGAUUGCUGGCAAAAAGAUAGGAAUAGCAGGCCCAAGUUCGAUGAAAUAGUCAACAUGCUGGACAAGCUGAUACGAAACCCAAAUAGUCUGAAGACACUGGUUAAUGCAUCGAGCAGAGUAUCUACUUUGUUGGCUGAACAUGGUUCUCUGGGGUCCGGGGCCUACAGAUCAGUAGGUGAAUGGCUGGAAGCAAUCAAGAUGGGAAGGUACACAGAGAUUUUCAUGGAAAAUGGAUACAGUUCAAUGGAUGCUGUGGCUCAGGUGACCUUGGAGGAUUUGAGGCGCCUGGGAGUGACUCUGGUCGGUCACCAGAAGAAGAUCAUGAGCAGCCUUCAAGAGAUGAAGGUGCAGCUGGGAAAUGGGAUGGUGCCAGUGUGACCUCCGCAUGGGUCACUUCCUCAAGCGAACGACUCUGCACUUUGUAAACAGCCCUGAGAUUUGUUUUAACAAUUAUAAGGGAAAAGGGAAAAGAGUGGUUUCUAAACCUCUGGAGGCAUUUGUCUCAGUCGUUGAACUUGUAAUCAAUAUUUUCCUAAAAUCUCCAUAUCUUCCUCUUAGUUCUUCAUUUUUCAUGAAACAAAUGUAACCUACAUAGAGUGAAAACAAAAUGGGCAUAAGCAUCCUAUAAUAAAGUAGUAACUAAAUCCUCCCCCAUUAUUUCCACAGAAUUUUGUACAUGAAAUAUAUCAAGAUACAGCACCUUUAUAGACUGUUAAGGCAGCCCCUUUCAAAACUUCCAGGGAUCUACUUGAAAGGAAAAGUUGUAAAGCCAUGUGUGGGCUAAGAAAAGCUGCAUUUCACUGACGUUUACUUCAAGUCUUAUUGUCUAAAUAAGUGUAUUGAAGAGCAAUAUGAUUAGAUUAUUCCUUAAAAACAGUGUGUAAUUUAAAAUGCAAUUACAGUUGUUAAGUUAUAGAAAAUAGUAUAUAUAAACAUGUUGCUUGGUCAAGGAAAAGUUCAAUACAGGGUGUAUAUUUAUUUUUCUGUGUUACAUAAUUUACUUGUAGUUGCUUUUUCUGGAGACUAUUAGGUAAUAAAUGUGUAUAUACUGUAUAGUUUGCAAUAUGCCCAGGAACUGACUAACCUUGGACUUGUAUGUGUGUGUGUGUGUGUGUGUGUGUGUGUGUGUGUGUGUGUGUGUGUGUUUGAAUGUGUAUACAAUAUUGUUCUGCUUGCCUUUUUGAUGGUGUUUUAAUUUUGGCAGCAUACAGGAAAGGGUGUUCCAGGCUGUAAUGAAUAAGAGAAAUAGGAAACAGUAGAAAAAAAAAAAUCCAGCCCAAGUUGAUGUCUUUUUCUCUCAUUUUGAAAGCAACUAAUUAUUUUAUGUAAACAGCUAAUGUCUCUAAGACGAAUUCCCUUUUGGAUUUUUUUUUUUUUUUUUGGUUUUUUGAGACAGGGUUUCUCUGUGUAGCUUUGCGCCUUUCCUGGAACUCACUUGGUAGCCCAGGCUGGCCUCGAACUCACAGAGAUCCGCUUGCCUCUGCCUCCCGAGUGCUGGGAUUAAAGGUGUGCGCCACCACCGCCCGGCCCCCUUUUGGAUUUUUACAAACAAUUUCUACUAUCUCUGACAAAGAAGCACUAGCCAUUAAUCUCACACCCUUCUCUGAAAUUCCGUCUUUCUAAGUUACAGAAAAUAUUUUCUCAAACAAAGUUGACACAAAGGGCACAUUUAUGUGGAUGUAGAGAGACUGGAGUGUGCUGGCUCCUGUUACUGUCCAGACACGGGGCACUCAGCAUCUCCCUUUGUGCUCAUCAUUGUAAUCACUCCCAUUGUGACUCAUUUACAAAAGUUUGAUAUUAAGUCAGCAGUAAAAAAUGAAAAAAAAAAGUGUUUUUUUACUCAGAAUUUUAAGUUUUAUUAAUAAUAACUUGUUAAUUUUUAAUUACAUUUUGUCCUCCAUUACAUAAUAUUGAAAAUACUUUGAAGAACCAAAGUAAAAUAUUUAAAAAUUAAACUUGCUAAGUAAUAUAUGAUAGUCCUUCAGUGUAUUCUAUACACUACACCAGCAAAGGGUUCUCAUUUGGGGUAAAGUUCACGCAGUUUGCUGAAAUGUUUGAAAAAGUGAGCGUCAUAUUGACAUAAACAAUAUUUAUGUUGUUACACUUAAUAAAAUCAGGAGAAUGGUGUGUGAUAUUUGAGGAGCAGAUAACUUAAAUCAGGACUUCAGGGCUACCUUGGUAAAAGCAUAUGAGAGAGGUAAGAUCUGAAGAGGAGAUACCAGUGUUUUGUGAGUGGUGGUCCUUGUGCUUGGAAGCAUAUAACCCAUGUAAGAAAAGCAGCUAGGGAGAGGUCCUCUUCCUCCCUCCCUCCAUCCCUCCCUUCCUCCCUCUGUCCCUUCCUCCCUCCCUCCUUCCUUUCCUCCCUUCCAUGUUUCCUUCCUUCCUCCUUUCUUUCAUUCUUUCUUUCUCAUCCUUUUUAAAAGAAUGAAAUAGCUCUUUGCUAAUGAAUAAGGAAAGAUCAAAACAACUACAUGGGGCAUGAACCACUGUAGAUCCACACUGUAUUCAGGAAAUCUCUAUUAGUUUAGUGAAAUUUUCAGAAUUGAAAGAAGUAGUUUAAUAUUGUCACAUUGAACAUCACAGAUAGACAUCAUCAUUAAGAAAGACGCAUGUAUACAUUUAAAAUACACAAAAUUAUUAAAACUCAUUCCUAUCAAAAAGAUUGAUUUUAUUAUACUCUACUGAAUUUUGAAAAAUUAUUUGAAUCUUAGUGAUAAAGUAAUUUUGAGAACUUCAUAACAAAAAUGUUUACAAAUUCACAAUUUAGAGCUUGUAUAAGCCACAACUAUAGGGACAUAAAAAAUACAUUCUAAAUUGUUUUUCAAUUCUGUGUGUUCAGAGAUUAAGGUGGGUCACUUACGCAUAAGUGGCUGGCUGUUGGAGUAAUGAUUUCAGCUUUGUCACAACAGAAUAUAAAUUCAUUUGAAUCAAAUUUAUUUUUCCUUUGCUAUUCAAGUAUUACAUUGGGAAAGUAAUUCAGAAGGAAUGCUUAAUGGCCACACAGCUUUCAUCCAUAUCUCAAUUUGGUGGAGAGUUUCUAAAGAAUGUCAAUAUGAUUUUAGCAGAAAUAGACUUUUAAAUUAUACAAGCUCUGCCCCGCUAAAGAGGAAAGAACGCCUUUCUAAAAUAUUUGUUCACCCUUGGAUAUGUCACCAAUUGAAAAGUGCCAAUCUCAUCUAUAAAUGUGAGAAGUGGAAUAGAGGGAGGAGUCUGCUCUCGUGAAAUGUAGUGAGUCUGCCACUCAGCACUAGACUUGGCAAAUCCUGAUGGUGUGAAUUCUUUUCCUGUGGAUUCAUUUCCUUACUCACCAACUCCCAGAAAAUAAAGUACAGAUUCCAUAAACUCACACCUGUAACUGAUUUGUAAAAUGAUUUGUAACUGUUUUGUAAGGUGGUACAACAGGAAAUUGCUCUGAACUGACUGGUUCUAUUUGAAGUCAUUUGGUUACUAUGUUUAUCAAUCAUGAUUUAUAUCUAAUCAUGCCAUUCACUAGCAUGUACUCUGACAAAAAAAUCACUAUCUCUGAAAUGUACUGAUUAUAUGUAAAAUGUAAAGAUACUGAUUUUCACCAUUUAAAAUCUGUAAUGUGCAUGUUUUUUAAUCCCUGUAUUUUAUUGAGCAACCUGGUGUUCUAAAGUAAUACAAUCAUUGUACAAUUUACAUAGAAAUAUUUUAUUAAAGUUUAAAUGUGUCUAGAAUUAUUCAUUUUGGAAUUGUCACAAAUAAUGCUAAACACCCUUAGCUCUGUUUAUAAAACGAUUCUAACCACCAUGUAACAAAAGAGAUAAAACUUUCACAUUUCAUGUUAAAGUGGAACUGUUACUAUCCAUUGAAAACUUAUGCAUUUGCAUGUUUAAUAUUUGGAUUCUAUGUGGAAGCAAAAGGCUGUAAAGAAGAUAUUUGUAUGUGUAUUGAAGUGGGUUUUCAGAAGCACAAUGAGAACUGUUCUUCUCUGGAAGGUGUUUUGGCUGUAAUGGUACAUUAGAUGGCAAAAAGAGUCAGAUGUUAGAGACGUAGUAGUAUAUGAUGGUGCAUAGUAGAAAAUAUCUCUUUUUCAUUCUGUUCUUUCACAAAAUUAGGAGGGAAAAUUAAAUGUGAUAAUAAAUAGUCUUUGUUUGAACAUUGCCAGAUGUUUAACCUCAAUGUAAAUAAGAAGUAGGGACAAUAAGAAGGCAAUGGUGAUAAUAAUGAGCGAAUGAACAGAAUCAUAAUGGUAGCUUUAUUUGAAAUUUGAUAGCUCGAAUAAGUCAUCAGUUUUUCAAUGCUAUAGCACAGCUGGUUACAUUGAAUAUUUUUCCUCUAUUAUGCUGUUAAUUAUAUAGCAAUGUAUCAGGAAAGAAAUAGAUAAGAACUUUCUUCUCAUUUCUUGUUAAUUUAUGAGUCUUUUCAUACAUCAAUGGUUGAAUGUUCUUAUUCAGAAUGACCACGUAAUUGUCACUUAGAAAAAGCUGCUAUUUAUUUUAAAAAAGAAUGUCUGUUUAUAACCAGACUCAAGUUCCUUUUCUCAAUGCUAUUGGAAAAAAGUAAAGUUGGCAAAAAACAAUAUCCCAUCUUUUCAAGCUGGGUGCUAUAUUCACUGAAGUUUGAGUGGUCGACUGUAUGUGAAUAUUUAGACUACUGUAGUUUUGCAAUUAAUUAUUUAAAAGAAUAUAUUAUAUAUAUAAUGCAUUUGUAAUUGUCUGAGACUAAAGCCAGACUCUGUCCUUUGUUAAUGUUUAUAAAAAUCUCUUGGUUUCCAGAAGAUCAGAGACAUUUAUGUAGCCUAUACAAUUCUUUGGUAGGCAUCACGAUGUCUUGUGUCUCUGCCGCAGAGUGAAUUCAAGGAAGGAUGAGCACUUUCGUAUUGGUUCCCAUCUGCAUCUCUAUGUGCUUUCAGUUUGUGUACAUGUUUUUGUAGUGUAAGAUAUUAAAUUUUAUAUUUUUUCAGAAAAUAAAAGUCCUUUGAAUAUAGUAAAAUCUGAUUGUCCUACUUGAUCUUUCCUAAGAUUUUAAAUUUAUAGCCUUUUGCAUAGGAUCUUUAUUCUGAUAAAAAAGUUUUAUUUUCUAAAAUAAAAAGUGAUCAUAUACAUAUUCCAUAUAACCUAAGAUUGUAGAACAUGACCUACAUUCACAGUGACAAUAUAAUACAAAAUUCACUUGAGGAAAAACAAUAAAACAAAACAACAACAUGAAUCACAACAAAAAGUAAAAAUGGAAAAGUAUAUGCUAUUUGUACCAUCUACAAAGGGGGACAUUUUUGUAACUGGCAUCAACCUGAGACCAUCUUAUUGGUAGGCAUUUCUGCUAUCACAUUGCAAGAAGAAAACAUUCCUACAAGAAGGGGAUUAAGAAGCAAGGCUCCUUAUUUUUGUAAGUAUUAUAUCAUAGUGAUCAUUUAAAAAUGGCAAAUGAUAUCUAUUCUAUAGAUUGAAUCAUGUAGACAAAAUUCUAAACGGUCUUAUUAAAUAAGAAACACAGAGCCAAAUACAGAGUUAAAAGCCCAAGAGAUCAGAGCACUAGUGAAUAGCCUUUAGCUUACCACUCACUGCCGUCCUUCCCUUUGGGGAGAGACCUUCUCCUAUGUCCUGUCUUUUUAUUGCCUGUCUGUUCAACCUUCUCAUUGGUUCUAAACCCAACCACAUGAUUUCCUCAUCACGGCCUGUCUAUACAGACCUCCAGUCUCUAUGGUUGGCACUGGGAUUAAAGGUUCAGGUCACCGCUUGGCCUUGGCCUUGACCACACAGAGACUCUGCCUGCCAUGUGAUCGGAUUAAGGGUGUGUGCCACCACCGCUGGACUUCUGCUAAAUGGCUUGCUUUUAGUUCUGAUUCCCAGGUAACUUUAUUUGUUAACAUACAAAUAAAAUCACAUUUCAGCACAAAUAAAAUAUCACCAUAGAGUCAUUUUGUAAUUUGUGCAUUUUCAAUAUAGAAAAUGACAUAUUAUGCUUAUACAAUAAUCAUAAGUAAUGCUGAUGUAUAAAAUUCCAUUAUUAGUAUUUUAUUUACUAUUUCAAUAUUUAUUCUCAUAUGUUACUCAGAGUGGUUUUCAUUUAGACUUACCUUGUUGUUAAUGUACUACAGAAGUAAAGACACUAUUUAAAAACAAUUUUACCAUUCUCAUACUUACUAUUGACAAAAUUGGAGUAAUGUGGUAACAAAAGCUUAAUGAAGAAGGCAUUCUGCAGAGGGAAUUUUCAUGUUUACAUUUGAGAUGCAUAUUGUUGACUCCCUUAACUAAUGACAGAGCUGGGGAUCACCAAGGAAAAAGUGAAUUUUACAUUUCCACCAAUCAAAGUGUUAGCCUUCAUGCAGGUUCCAGGGUCUCACUGAUCACAUGCUAGUGUAUUCAUUCUGAGGUAACAUUUUUCAGCUUUUUAGUUCUUCACACAGGGAUAACAACUCGGUUCAGAUACUUUUGUGGUAGAGGUCAUCAUUUCUUCAACUAAUUCAAAACAAUUGCCCAGUUUUGUGAUUUACUACAACCUCAAAUGUUUGUAAUAAAUAUUCAUUAUUUCGACUUCUAAUAUAACUAAUGUUCUUUAAAAAUUGAAAUUUCA